CUCUCUUUUUUUUUUUUUUGCCCUUUCCUUUUUCUGGUUUCUUCUUUUUCCAUUGUAGGUUUGGUUGGUGGAGUGGAGGUGGUUUUAGUUUAUCUGGAGUUUCUUUGAAGGGAAAGUGCUGUUUGUUUAGUUUGAUUUCCAACUUGAAUGUUUGUUUAAAGUUUACAGAUUCUUCAUGGACCUUUAUUUGUCUUUUGCAUUUGUAUAUAUACAUUAGAGUUUCUUUCUCAGCCAGGGAAUCCUCUGAACUAUUUCAUGUGUUUUGGGUCAGGUGGUCUUUUGCACAAAGGUCAUUUCUACAUUUACUGCUUCGAGGAAAUUAUUAUGCAGACACCAAAAGGAAGGACUGUUUCUGUGGAGGUGCCUAAAAGGACAUCUAAUGCUACACUAAAGACAGCUCGAAAGCUCAAGACUCCAGGGUCAGAUGCUGAUUCUGUUUCAUCUCCAAAUCCAGCAAACAGGACACCUAAAGAUAGGAGUCCAAAAGUUGUUGGUCGCCGGUCACCACGGAGUCCAAUGAUAGAGAAGAAGCAUCCCGGCAAAGCAUCUGACUUAGAAUCGCAGCUUGCUCAACUGCAAGAUGAGCUAAAGAAGGUGAAAGACCAGCUCAGUUCUUCCGAAUCAUUGAAGAAAAGGGCUCAACAGGAAGCUGAUGAAGCUAAAAAACAGCUCACUGACAUGUCAGAAAAGCUCGAGGACUCUAAGAAGCAGCUCCUCGAGCUCUCAGAUUCAGAGGAAACUCGACUGUUGGAGUUGCGAAAAAUCUCACAGGACCGAGACCGAUCAUGGGAAUCCGAGCUUGCAGCUAUCCAAAAGCAGCAUGAGUUGGACUCUUCUGCUUUGGCCUCUGCCAUGAAUGAAAUUCAGAAACUUAAAAUUCAGCUGGACCAAGCAGCUGAUUCUGAAGCCACUCAAGCCCAUCACGCUGAGUCAGCUUAUGGUGAGAUACAAAGCUUAAGGAUUGAACUUACUAAGACCCUUACAUUGGUUGAGAAACUGAGAAACCAACUUAACGAUAGCAAGGAAUCUGAGGCGUGUUCGCUUGAAGAAGUGAGCAAAGCUCAGACGCAGCUGGAAGUGGCUAAGAUGACCGAGGAUACUCUACGUUCUGAAGGUCUGAAAGCAAUGGAAGCUUGCAGGACCUUGUCUUUGGAGUUGGAAAAAUCGAAGAAUCAAGUAGCUUCAUUGGAGGAACUUGUCAGCAAAGUCCAGUCUGGUCCAGUAGAAGGAAACAACGUUAACAUAGAAGCUGAUAAACUAAAAAUUGAGCUGAGUAAUAUCCAAGUUGAGGUGAGUCAACUAAGAGCUGCUUUGGAGGAAUCCGAGAGAAAGUAUCAGGAAGAAUACAUCCAGAGCACCUUGCAGAUGAGAAGUGCUUAUGAGCUGGUGGAACGCACAAAAUACGAAUCAACUCAGAAGGACGCUGCAUGGGAGGUAAAAGUCAAUGAAGUAAAAUCGGAAGUGGAAGAGUUGAAAGAAAAACUGAGUCUGCAUGAGAAAAUGCAGUCAGCUGAUGGAGAGUUUGAAUUAGCUGCUGAACUGAAGAAAUCAGAGUCAAUUUUGGGAGAUUUGAGAGCAAAUCUAUUAGACAAAGAAACAGAAUUGCAGAGUCUUAUAGAGGAGAACGAACAGUUGAAGUCAGAAAUCGGAAAUAAGGAAUCAGAGAGUACCAAAAUUAAUGACGAGGCACUUGUUUUAUUAGAAGAAGCAAAAACUGCUGAAAGAGAGGCCUUAAUAAAGCUGGGAGACUUGGCCGAUGAAGCAGAUAAAUGCAGCAGAAAGGUAACACGUGUCACUGAAGAGUUGGAUGCAGCACAGGCUGCAAACUCGGAAAUGGAAACCGAGCUAAGGAGGUUAAAAGUGCAAUGUGAUCAAUGGAGGAAAGCUGCUGAAGCAGCUGCAUCUAUGCUUUCAACUGGACAUAAUAACGGAAAAUAUGUCGAAAGAACAGGUUCUUUAGACUACCAUACUAUCGGUGGCAAGCUUGGUUCUCCACUGUUGGUGGACGACUUGGAUGAUGACUCGCCAAAGAAGAAGAACAACAUGUUAAAGAAAAUCGGGUUUUUAUUGAGAAAGGGCCAGAAGUAAAUAAUUCGCCAUCGUGCAGGACUCCCGAUGAGCUGAUGCCCUCAUGGAAUUAAUCGUUUUCGUGGAUUUUUGUAUAGCUGUUUUGGAAAUUGAUGAACCUUGUAGGUUCUCACCUGCCGAUAUGGCAGGUUUGUUUAGGAAUAGUAAGAACUUCAAUCCCUUCAAAAUUUUCAGUUUGUAUGGCAGUUGGUAUUUUCCGAUAUUCUGAAAGUGUAAUGAGGCCAAGACUGAUGAUUAAUGGUAGAACUUGCUUUCUUGUUCAA